AUGGACGGCCAGACAAACGGAGUUGGAGUUGCGGGCAAAGGCGUUCAGCCAUCGAUGGUCAAGGAGCUCUUUGGGAUACCUCAUGAACGCGGAGGUCUCACUUGGCUUGACGAGUGCCCGGAAUACCUUAGCAAGACAGCAAGCAAAACACCAGACCACGCUUUGGUGACAAGAUAUCAGGGUAGGAGAUCAGAAGGCGUCAGAGCAACAUUGGAGCUAUUCCUGGCAGCAAUCAAUGUGCAAAGUCCAUCAUUGAGGCAGCUGGUGCGUGGCCUGCUUGGAAACUAUCCGGGCGAGAAUAUCGAUGCACAAGAUCUUGAAUUCAAGAGUCCGUUCCAUCCAUUUUUCCAUCAUUGGGCAUCUCUGGUAUCGGCCAACGACAAGGCCCACCAGAAUCACAGCGAGCAGGCAGAACAAAUCAAUGCUUUGGUAGAAGUACUUGGGGAUGAGUUCAAGGACUCUAUAGCGGACGCCCAAAGUCUUGCGAAUAAUGGAAACACGACUUUCAGCCUGCUCUGGACUCUGUUUCCUCCUGGGUGUCCUGUGUUUUCCGACAUCAAUGGCAAGACGCAUUGCUUUCUAGUCGACAGCUACAAAUACUUGAUGGCCGAGCACCCUCCAACUCUCGCUGUCCACCUUCUUAGUCUGGACUACGAUGGUUCAAGAUACGGCUGGCAGAAAUCAGCAAGAUUUAUGUCUGCCUUUUCUGGAAGCACGAAAAUUCUCGCGUUGCCUGUCAUACCAUUCCACUAUUACGAAAAUGCAGGGACCGUCUUGGACACUCUUUACGAGCGUGGCAGUGUAGCCGUUGAUUUGACGAGUCAGGCACCAGCCUACAGAUCCUACGAUGGAUCGGUGCGACUCAACAAGAGCGGUGACUACGAUUUCGAGGACGUCGAAGUCUUCGUGAAUGAGCGCUUGAUGAUCGAACCUAAAGUGCACUCGCAGCAGGCCAGUCAGUAUAGUCCGACAGUCUACACCUCUCCGCAUAAACUCGAAUUUUUGCUGCAGCGAGAUCCGCAUACGAAAAUAGCCCGAGAAGCGGAUAACAACAAGGAAGAGACGGGGCUUCUUUCAAUAAUGCACAUCCUGAAUAUGCACAUCGUGCUCAGCCUGGGUCCAAACAAAUUGAGCCCUCUGGAACCGAAUGAAACUGAUGAUGAUUCAUUACUCAAGAACCAUCGGUGGACCGAAGCUCUUUUUGGCCUCCGACCAGAAGUCUUCUGUCGAUCUGUCGUUCGCGGGUACUUGCUUGGUUCAAAAUGCUGGGCUGAAUUCGAAGUCGAUAACAUUUCGCCUAUCCGAUGGAACGACAAUGCAUUCGAGUCUCUUGUCGUGCCGCCGGCCAGGAAGCGUCUACUGGAAGCACUAGUCCGACAACAGAAACUUCACAAGCAAGACUUCGACGAUGUGGUGCAAGGCAAGGGGCAGGGGCUCAUCAUGCUUCUCAGUGGCCCUCCUGGAACGGGCAAAACUCUGACAGCAGAAUCUGUGGCAGACCACCUGAGGAUCCCACUAUACGCAGUCAGCGCGAACGAGCUUGGCGAUAGCGCGAAAGACAUAGAACACCAAUUUCCAUCCGUGCUUCGGUUAGCUGCCUCCUGGGAUGCAGUCUUGCUGCUGGAUGAGGCGGAUGCAUUUCUCGAGAAACGAGCUCCUCAAGACACGCCUGGCGCUCGAGAACGCAAUAAGCGUGUAGCAGCCUUCCUCCGCAUCCUCGAAUACUACCGCGGAAUCCUCAUCCUCACAACCAACCGCGCAGUAAAUUUCGACGAUGCAUUCUAUUCCCGAAUCCAUCUAAGUCUGCCCUUCAAACCCCUCGACCAUCAAUUUCGAGAGGACAUCUGGAAGAAUUUCCUUCGUGGCUCUGAAGUUUCUGAUUCCGAGAUCUCAGAAUUUGCGAAAGAAGAGAUCAACGGGAGGCAGAUCAAAAACGUCGUGAAAAUGUCGCGGUUGUUGGCGCAAGAUAAUGGUGGUAUGCCACUGCAAGCGAGUCAUGUGCGGGAUGUAUUGAGUAUCACGAGGGAGGAUGUAGAAGGGCAAUAG